UUCAUUGAUCCCCCAACGUUCACAUUUUCUUUUUGCCAACUUGGUGAUAAAAUUUUUUACAAACAAACCCUUCAAGCAAAUGGGACAGGGUGGAGAAAUUCGUUUUACCAAGUUGGCAAUAGAGAGAUUUGACGAGUCAUUACCUGCCGAUAUAGUAUGUUACCGUGAUUAUCUCAUUGAAUCUUGCGGUGAGCUCUUAUUAGUUAACCAGAUGUUGUUUGGAUCGUACAGGAGAAAGGUCUAUGGUUUCAUAAUUUUUCGGAUGGAUUCUUCAAAGAAUGCAUGGGUCCAAGUGAAGAACAUAGGAGACCGUGCUAUUUUUAUUUCCGAGAGGAGCAAAAUAUCUUGUUUUGUAGCUGAAAAUGGAGUCAAGCGAAAUUCGAUUUACUUCACAAUGACCUCUAGUCGAUUUCUUUAUGUCUUUGACUUGGAAGAUGAUACCAUUACAAAGUUCCUACCUUGCCCUACUGUAGCUUGUCGUGAAUUAGAUCUUGAUUGGGUUAUUCUGAAAUAGAAUCAUUGUUAUAUUUUAGUUGUUUAAUUGUCA